CUUUCUCUCGCCAUCGCAAUCGCAAUCGCAAUCGCCAUCUUGCGUCUUUGCGUCUGGUAGGCGAAGGCAGGCCGGAGUAAAUAAGAAAACAAAUGUACGAAAUGGACGGAGGAGGAUACCUUUCAAGCACCCUUUGAAAUCGUCUUUAUAUCUUCUCAAUCUCCAGAAUGCUUUUCAUCGGCCGCCGGAAUCUUAUCCACUAAAGAGAAAGUCUUUGCUGCAAAAAUGACCCAGAACGGGCGCACCGGAGAAUGUGGGGAAAUGGAACGAGUAGGCCGGACUGUGGUGGUGGGUGUUAAGUUGGAUUCUCAAAGUAAAGAGCUUUUGAACUGGGCUCUAGUUAAGGUAGCUGGAACUGGUGAUCGUGUGAUUGCUAUUCAUGUUUUGAACAACAAGGUUGAUCGAGAUGGGAAAUCAUCGCUUAUGUCAAUGGUUGAAGGGUUUGAUACUGUUCUUGCUGUUUAUGAAGGUUUCUGCGAGUUGAAACAGGUUGAUCUCAAGCUUAAGAUUUGCAGAGGUUCAUCAAUCCAAAAAGUCCUUGUUCGUGAAGCAAUAUCAUACUUAGCAACAGACGUUGUUGUGGGAAUAGCUCAAACCCACCACACAAUUCGAUCAUCAAAAUCUGUGGCAAAGUACUGUGCUAGAAAACUGUCAAAAAAUUGCUCCAUAAUUGCGGUUGACAAUGGAAAGAUUGUCUUCAAAAGAGAAUCUUGUAAAUCUCCCAUUUCUAGAAUGUUCAUUACAGAAGAAGAUGAUCAUAACAGAACGGUAUUGCUUGGUUUGAAUCAGACUAAACCAACAAAAGAAAAUGUUCAAAGUAGUACCCAGAAAAGUAACUGUGUCAUAUGUUCAACAUAUCCUCAAUUUCCCAAAAAUCUGCAUCCCCAAUCGAAGGAGUUUUGUGAUGAGGAGUUUUCAGGGUUUCAAUGGGGGUUAGACUCACCCUUUCGGCAUUGCUCAUCAAAUGAAAAUUUUGAAUUCGACGAGAGAAAUGGUUCCUUAGUUGUUCCCUCUAGAUCUGAAUGCUUAACUUUACAAUCAUCCCCUUGCCCCAGUUUCAGCGGCUUACCAGAAGAAUUGGAGGGUUUUCUUGAGAAAUAUUCGUCUGUAUGCAGAUUAUUUACAUAUCAAGAAUUGCAGCAGGCGACAUCAAAUUUCAUGCCAGAGAACUUGAUUGGUACGGGUGGUAGCAGCCGCGUUUAUAGGGGUUCCCUUCUCGAUGGAAAGGAAGUUGCUGUGAAGAUGUUGAAUCCAUUUGAAGAUGCAAUAAAAGAGUUCAGAUUAGAAAUUGAGAUGAUAACAGCCUUGAAUCACAAGAAUAUCAUAUUGCUUUCUGGAUUUUGUCUGGAGGAUACUAAUCUUCUCCUGGUGUAUGAUUUCUUACCCAGAGGAAACCUCGAGGAGAAUCUUCACAGCGAUGAUAAGGCUAGUUUAGGAUUUGGUUGGAAAGAAAGAUAUAAGGUGGCUUUGGGGAUUGCUGAGGCAUUGGCUUAUCUACACAUUGAAAUAGAGAAACCGAUGAUUCACAGAGAUGUGAAGUCGUCUAAUAUUCUACUGUCCAAUGAUUUCGAGCCACAGUUAUCUGAUUUUGGACUUGCUAAAUGGUCAUCGAUAAUGUCAUCCGAUAUGGAUUGCUCUGAUGUUGCAGGGACCUUCGGAUAUCUGGCACCUGAAUAUUUCAUGUAUGGAAAAGUUAAUGAGAAGAUCGAUGUGUAUGCUUUUGGCGUUGUACUUCUUGAACUUGUUUCGGGAAGAAAGCCUAUAAACAGUGAUCUUCCAAAGGGACAAGAUAUUCUGGUUUUGUGGGCAGAAAGGAUUCUGAAUGAUGGGAAGAUUUCUGAGUUGGUGGAUCCAAGAUUGGGUAGUGAUUAUGAUUUUGAUCAAAUGAAAAGGAUGGUUUUGGCUGCUUCUCUAUGUAUAAGACGAGCACCUGGAGCUCGGCCCUGUAUGGAUAGGGUGUUAAAGCUUCUUCUUGAGGAAGAGGGCGAUAUUGAUGAGAUAAUUGAAAUGAAUGGUUGUGAAGAAAGGAGAGAAGGCGAAGAAGAAGAAGAAUUUAACCGUUCCAAACUACAGUCCCACCUUAAUCUUGUUUUUCAAGACGGGGAAGAUGAUUCUCUAUCAAUGAGUAGCAUGGAGCAAAACUUCGUGUCCAUAGAGGACUACUUGAAAGGAAGGUGUAGUCGCGAAUCAAGCUUUGCCUAAAUAGUCUAAUUCUAAACUGAAACUUGUAACAUUGCUUUGGUUUGGCUAUAUGUAGAUAUAUUAUGUAUUAUCUAUGAGUAUAUGGAGGAAAUUGAAUAAAAGAUGGUCCAAUUCUCAA